AAAGAAGAUUUCCGCCACUCUCUACAGCAGCAACUUUUCACCUCCGGAUCGAAGGCCAAACGAAGUCCGAUCGUUCUCAAAUUUUAGUAUGUUGUUCCUCACAUACUCCUCUUCAAAUCCAACGGUCAGAUUCUCAUUUUGAUGCCCAGAAGGCUAUUUUCUGGCUGCGUUUUCAGACCUGCGUUUUUUUAGGAGUUUUUACUUCAUUUUUGGUGAAUUGUUGAUUGUUGUUGUUCCAAGGUUGCUCCUUGAUGAUUGUGUAUGCCUCUAGUGUUUACUAGAGAGGAGAACUUGUUGUACCCACUUGAUUCUUGGGGAUUAGUGGAAAUUUGGGAGCCAUUGUUGAGCGGCCGUGGUUUUCUCCCCGAUUUGGGGUUUCCACGUAAAUCGUGUGUUCUUUAUUUUAUUUUCCUUUGCUAUCUAUUUGUGGUGGUGGUGCUGAUUUUUUGGAGUAUAUUGUACUUUGUUGUUCAUCUCAUUAAUUUGGGGAAAAGAUUUUAUACGCUUCCGUUGUGUUUUGUUCCGUGCUUCCCCAACAAAGUGGUAUCAGAGCUUGAUUAUUUUUUGGUUGGCUUCUUGUGUUGUUUAUGAUGGAUGACAAAGUAAUUGUUCAAGGAAUGGUUAGUUUGGACUCUACGAAUUAUUCAAUUUGGAAAAUUCGUAUUGAGGAUUAUUUAUGCUCUAAAGAUUUGCUUGACCCAAUUUUGUAUAAAGAACGUCCAACAGGUGUUGAUGAGAAAGCUUGGACUACCUUGAACCGGAAAGCUAUUGCAUCAAUCAGACAAUAUGUUUCUUUAAGUGUGUUGCAACAUGUUGCUAAUGAAACUAAUGCUUUUGAGAUGUGGAAGAAACUUGAAUCCAUGUANUUUUUGGUUGGCUUCUUGUGUUGUUUAUGAUGGAUGACAAAGUAAUUGUUCAAGGAAUGGUUAGUUUGGACUCUACGAAUUAUUCAAUUUGGAAAAUUCGUAUUGAGGAUUAUUUAUGCUCUAAAGAUUUGCUUGACCCAAUUUUGUAUAAAGAACGUCCAACAGGUGUUGAUGAGAAAGCUUGGACUACCUUGAAUCGGAAAGCUAUUGCAUCAAUCAGACAAUAUGUUUCUUUAAGUGUGUUGCAACAUGUUGCUAAUGAAACUAAUGCUUUUGAGAUGUGGAAGAAACUUGAAUCCAUGUACGAGAGGAACAAUGCUAUGGGAAAAGCUUCUUUGAUUAGGAAGCUUGUUAAAUUGCAAUACAAAGAUGGUGAUAGCAUUGUGGUUUACAUGAACGAGUUUCAAGGUGUGGUAAACCAACUAGCCGGAAUGAAGAUGAAAUUGGAGGAUGAACUUCAAGCUUUGUUAUUGCUUUCCUCAUUGCCCGACAGUUGGGAUACAUUGGUGGUUUCACUUAGCAACUCUGCUCCGGAUGGCAAGAUGACUAUGGAGAUGGUCAAGGCUAGUCUUUUGAAUGAAGAGGCUAGGAGGAAAGAAUCAGGUUACCCUAGCCAAGCUGAAGCAAAUGUGAUUCCAGAAUCUAGCAGGGGGAGAAGUAAGAGCAGAAAUCCUCAUUACAGAGAAAAGUCCAGGGGGAUCGUAGAUCCAAAUCCAGAAAGAGAGAUUUUAUUUGCCAUUAUUGUCAGAAGCCGGGUCACAUUGAGAGAUUCUGCAGAAAGAAGAAAAGAGAUAUGUCCAGGGAGAGAAAAGAUAAAAAUGAGAAUUCCGAGCAGAAGCCAGAAGAGAAGAACACUACAGCCUUGGCAUCUAGUGAUGAUGAUUUGUUUGUUAUCGGUGAUCAUGGACUAUUAAAUGUAGCCUGUGAUGACUGCACCUGGGUGAUUGGUUCUGGUGCAUCUUAUCAUAUUACUUCACACAGGGAGUACUUCUCAUCCUACACUAGUGGUGAUUUUGGCUAUGUGAGGAUGGGAAAUGAUGGUUCGUCCAAGAUCGUCGGUAUGGGUGAUGUUUGUUUAGAGACUUCCACUGGUUGCAGGUUAGUGCUCAGGGAUGUGAGGCACGGCCCAGAUAUCAGAUUGAGUUUGAUUUCAGCUGGUCUGCUUGAUGAUGAAGGUUAUGCCAACAACUUUUGUGAUGGAAGAUGGAAACUCUCCAGGGGCAGUUUGAUUAUGGCUCGAGGUAAGAAGCAGAAUUCACUUUAUGUUAUGCAGGCCAGAGUAUGUAGCGGAGAUGCCAA